AUGAUCGUCGUCGAACCUGUGCCCAAGCACUUCACCACUGGCGUGGUGGAAAUGUUUGACGGCACAACCGACGGCAAAGAGGCCUACCUUGACACCUCGACCGGGGCGACGAACCUAAAGCCCAAAAAGAUCCACCACAUCAGGAUUGAGGAUAUUCGGGUCCAGGUCCCGGCACCUCAGCUUCUGCGCGAUGGCUACGAGACACAGAUCUACCCUACGUCUCUGACCGAAGAGGAGUUCAUGACCUACCGUACCCCAGAGGGCAAGCAGAUGAUCAAGGACCGCUACUGGCCCGAACUGCAUGCGCUCAUCGCGCAGAAGACGAAGGCGGCGAGAGUGAUCCCUUGGCAUUUUAGUCUGCGCAAUCAGACCCUGGGCUACCAUCCGGAUGAGAUCUUCUUCAUGAAGACGGGCAUCUCGCAGCCCGCCUCUACCCUGCACAUCGACAACGACCACACCACGGCGCUGAGCCACUUGCAGCGCGAGGUUGGCGAGGCCGAGACUCAGCGUCUUCUCCUCAAACACAAGCGCUGGGCAAUUAUCAAUGUCUGGCGGCCGGUGGGAAGGCCCGUUCAGCGCUGGCCACUGUUGGUCGUCGAUCACAGUCACAUCCCCGACUGGAAUUUCGCCGACCACGUGGCCCGUGUCUACCGCAACAAUGAUCCCAAGUAUUACAAGGCCCAUGACAAUUUCCUCAAGCCCCAUGCGGACUAUGUGUUUCGCUAUGUGAGCCAGCUACGCCCCGAGGAGGUCAUCAUGUUCCGGGAUUAUGACUCACGUACGGAUCAGGUCCGCGGGACUCCGCAUGGAGGCUUUCAAGACGACCAGACCCCCGAAGAUGCUCCAGCACGUCGGUCCAUUGAAGUGCGACUGUUUGCAUUCUUUGACGAUGGUCACGAGGAAGAGGAGUAG